AAAAAAAACUUUUCCAAUUUGCCAGAUAUAAAAACCGAAUUUUGGUCAAAACUUGUCAUAGUUCAAGUUAGACAUCAGUUCCGAUACCACCGACAACAAUAGUGUGGAAAACAUGCGCAGCUUUUUGAUCUUCUCGCUCAUAGCGGUAGCAUCCUGUGAACACGGUGGCAUUGCAUCAACAACAGUAGCACCAUUUGGUGGUGGCCACGGGAGUGGAGGGUACGGAGGAGGACAUAGCGGUGGAGGUGGAUAUUUAGGGGGAGGACAUAGCGGAGGAGGUGGAUAUAGCGGAGCAGGUGGAUAUUUAGGUGGUGGUGGCGGCGCUGGCUAUGGCGGAGGACAUGGAAUAGGUGGAGGCCAUGGAUUUUUAGGAGGCGGAGGAGGAUUUGGACCAGGACCAAGCAAUGGCCAUAUAACAGCUAGUGCAGUUAACGGAGGACUGGGAGGAUUUGUUGAUGGUCACAUCACUGCAGGAGCUGGUGGUAUCGGUGGAGGAAUUGCCAAUGGUGGCGGCCUCGGCGGAGGCUUUGGCGGCGGUUUUGACGGACAUGCAGCAGCUGGCGGUGGCAUUGGUAUUGGAGGACCAGGACUUAUUGGUGGCGGUGGUCCUAUUGGAGGUGGUGGUCCUAUUGGAGGCGGUGGUCCUAUUGGAGGUGGCGGUCCCAUUGGAGGAGGUGGCAUUAUCGGGGGACCAGGCGGACCAAUUGGCGGCCCUGGUGGUCCAUUCGGUGGUAUUGGAGGAGGCGGUGGCGGAUUUAUCGAUGGCGGUGACCUUGGGCCAAUUGUCACUAAAGAUUUCUUCUUCCAUGCUGCUGCGGAAGAUCAUGAUGAUGAAGUUGUAUCGAAAACUAUCAAUUUAGGACCAGCAAGAAAACAUUAUCGAGUGGUUUUCAUUAAAGCACCAUCACAAUCUUCAAAAGCUGCUGCACUACAAAUCUUGCAAGCUCAAAACGAGGAGAAGACUGUUAUCUAUGUACUUAGCAAGAAAACAGACGCCGGCGAAAUUCACACUGAAAUUCAAUCACAACAAUCAACACCAAGCAAACCAGAAGUAUUCUUUAUCAAAUAUAAGACGCCAGAGGAGGCUAUUCAUGCUCAACAGCAAAUUCAGGCACAAUACGAUUCAUUGGGAGGAGUUAGCCGCUUUUCCGAUGAAGGCGUUUCACCUGUAACAUCAAUCGUAGGUGCGCUUGGUCACGGUGGCGUUGGAGUAGGUGCUGGACCACACGGCGGCCCAGGCAUCGAAGGACACAGCCAUAUCGGUGGGUUCAGUGGAGACGUCGGUGGCGGUAGUGUCCAUGGUCCUAGUGGACCAGGUGGUCAUGGUAGCGGAGAUGGUGGUUACCUCCCGCCGAAGAAAUAGGCUAAUUUAUUGAGUUCGUACUUUCGAAUAAUCUGUUGUCGUUUCCUUAUGUUUACUUGUUUUUUUAUUGAAAAUAUAUUCAGAAAUUUUGUUUUUAA